UGCAGUCUGCGCCAGCAAUUCCGGUAGUUGCCAUUUGUGCGCCCAGCCGGUGUGUUGUGUCAUCGUUGACCAUGGUGAGCUUGGAAGAGUUUCGUGCGUACCGUUCACCGUUGAAGGAUUUCUACGACGGCAAGUACGUGCUGCUAACCGGUGGCAGUGGAUUUCUCGGGAAACUCCUGAUCGAGAAGCUAGUCAAAUGCAACGUGGCGGAAAUUCUGUUGAUCCUGAGACGGAAGAAGGGAAUCAGUCCGAGUGAGCGCUUGGAGCAGCUGCUCGGGAAGGAGGCUGUGUUCGUGAACUAUGUGACCGAUCCUGAGCUGUAUCUGUCAAAGAUUCGACUGAUUGAAGGUGAUAUCAGUGAGGUAGGAGUUGGUAUCUCCAAUGAUGAUCUGGCGUAUAUUUACGAGCGCACAAACAUCAUCGUCCAUGCUGCGGCCGAUGUGCGCUUCGACGAAUCGCUUAAAGAGUCAAUCCAGACGAAUGUGCGUGGAACGCAGGAGAUGUUAAGGAUUGCCGAAGGAUGUCGCAAGCUUGAGAUAUUCACCUACAUCUCGACGGCCUUCUCCCACUGUGUGUUGGGCGUUAUCGAGGAGAAGUUCUACGAACCUCCACUCGAUCCGACCGUUCUGAUCAAAGUGUCCGAGAAAGAGGACGAUGUGGAUAACUUUGAGCUACUUUGCAAGAAGAUUAUCGAACCGUGGCCAAAUACUUACGCCUUUACAAAGUCUCUCUCGGAGGAGAUUGUGCGACGGUACAAGAGCAAGCUGCCAGUAGCGAUCAUUCGACCCUCGAUCAUCACAACAACCAUGAAGGACCCGAUCCCCGGCUGGACGGAUAAUCUGUACGGUUUCAAUGGAGUGGUUUGUGGUGCAGCUACCGGUGUCCUGCGGAUAUUCCACAUCCACAUGGACUACAAGGCCAGCAUUGUGCCGGCGGACACGGUUAUCAACUCGACGCUUGCCGUCACCUGGUACGCAGCCAACAAUCGCGAGGAGGACAACGUUUUCAACUGCACCACCGACGACAAUCCAGUGAGCUGGCGUGAAACUCAACACCGGCUGGAAGAGUGGAAGGAUCGCAUUCCGUUCGACAAAUCACUGUGGAUAACGACGUACAACACGACCCGCUUCAAGCUGGUGGCGGACAUUUUGUCCAUCUUUUACCACGUGCUUCCGGCACUCUUGUUCGAUGCGAUACUGAAAGUCCGUGGACAAAAACCGCAGGUACUUAAGCUUUACCGUAAGGUGCACCGGUUCUCGGCAGUGUUACGAUUCUUCACCAACAACGAGUGGUGCUUCCGAACGGGGCGUAUGCGCCGCGUGCUGGAUGCGAUGGCGUCCGAGGACCAGCAGUUCUUCCCCUGCGGCAAAGCGAUCCAGUGGAACGAUUUCUUAGACCAUCAGAUAAAGGGAUUGCGGCAGUACCUGAUGAGAGAUCCGUGGAGUACGCUGGAGAAAUCGUUGAAGCGUCAUCGGAUGCGGAUCUUUAUGCAUUGGUGUUUGGUUGGAGUUCUGUACACUGGCAUACUGUACGUCGUGGUGAAGCUGUUGCACGCGUACGGGUUUAUAGAUUUCCAAGGAUUGAAUGAGAAUGGUGUUGAGGAGUGCUCCGCGGAGGAAGUUGUGUGAAGAGUUCGGUUGAGGUUAUGUAGUACGAUCAAAGAUCAAUUCUAGGUUAUGUCUUAGUCAUGUUCUAGGCCUUAGUGUAUCUGUGGUAAAUGAAUCAAACAAUAAUACGUUUAAUAAAACAACAACAUAAUUCA